AUUUUUGUCCAACAAUCCCGCGCUCUUUGAUCCGCACUGGGACCCACAGCGGUUGUGUCCGAACACCCCAUACCUCCCGAGAAUAGAUGCUCGGGAUUUGAAAAAUGAUCUGACUCCAUUGUCCAAUCAGAGAAUCUCAGUAAUCGUGCGUGUCUUAUCUUAUUAAUUGUUUCUUAUCUAGUCUCUGUGAAGCGACGUCGAGAGAGGUAGUGCUCAUUUGACUGCAUCGUGACAAUGCUUCUCGACUAUGUGCCUCCCGUUCAAAACGAAUACCACAAAUUUGUCACAAACCAAAAAUUCGCUUACAUUGACUCAAUUGAACUAGAAUCAGGGGAGCAAUUGGAAGGAGUUGUCGUUGCGUACAAAACAUGGGGAAAGUUGAACGGAAAUGGUGACAACUGUCUCGUUGUCUGCCAUGCAUUAUCCGGCAGUAGUGAUAUUGUAGAUUGGUGGGGCCCGUUACUUGGAAACGGCAACGCAUAUGACACUUCGAGAUACUUCAUCUUCUGUGCCAAUGUACUCGGCUCACCUUACGGUACAACCUCAUCGUUAAGCUUGGAUCCACGAAGUGGACAAUCCUACGGGCCUGAGUUUCCUCAAAGCACAAUUCGAGAUGACGUGCGCUUGCACAAACUGGUACUCGACGCCCUUGGAGUGUCCAGUAUCGCUGCAGUAGUUGGCGGGUCUAUGGGAGGAAUGAUGACCCUUGAGUGGCCACUUUGUACUCCUGAAGGCUACCUGAAGAACAUCAUUCCCAUCUCGACUUCAGUGGACCACGAUGCAUGGGGCAUCGCCUGGGCAGAAGCUCAAAGGCAGUGCAUCUAUGCAGAUCCAGCUUUCGAGGAAGGCUAUUACCUUCCAACUCCCGCAACACAGCCAGCUGCUGGCCUAGCAGCCGCGAGGAUGGUUGGCAUGCUCACAUAUCGCUCGUCGCCGUCAUUCAACAGCAGAUUUGGCCGUGGUGAAGGAGGAUCUCAACUCAAGGCUGUCAAUGAGGUCCUCGCCAAUACCACUCUAGUCAAUGGCAAUGGGAAAAGCAAAAGAGACAGCAAAUCCAACGGCGUCCACAACUCCGCCAAAGACUUCAAGGCUCACAGCUACCUUCGCUAUCAAGGCGAGAAGUUCGUCAAACGCUUUGACGCCAACUGCUUCAUCCACCUAACGCAAAAAAUGGAUCAUCACGAUGUCACAACAAAUCGAAUACCCCCUCACGAACUUUGUUCCAUGUCCAAACAAGAGUCACUACGGAGAGUCUUCCGCAAAGUACCAAAGAAUGCAUUAGUCAUAGGAAUCGACUCAGAUGUCCUGUUCAGGCCUGAACAGCAAGUAGAGAUUGCGGAUGCAUUGCCUGAAGCAUCUUUGGUGAUGAUUCCUUCUGUUGAGGGGCAUGAUGGGUUCUUGCUUGAGUUUGAGAUUUUGGGGCCUCUGAUUGAAGCGCAUUUGAGAAAGCAGUGUCCUUGGAUUUAUGAAGGCGCACCUUUGGUCGUUGAGGACUCGACGAGUGCUGUUAGAGAUAGUGUUUUCGGUGAAGUUGAAUCUGGGUGGUGA